AUGCACGUUGAUUUUCUGGACCCUCAAUACUCUCUCAUUCUCUCUCUCACUUAGUGAAUGCCUUCUCAGAACGCACCCAAUCUCCAAUAAAAUCACACCCAAAUCAGCAACAAGUCCAAUCACCAUAACCACCAAUUUAGGUGGUACAACCCCUCAAAAAACCUCUCUCUCUCUCUCUCCAAGCCCUCAUAAAACCUCUCUCUCUCUCUCAUGCCUAACCAUUUUUGUCUGCACACGAAACGCAUGCAGCUUUUCAGUUUCCUCAUUAAUCUUCCAGCCUACCAUUUUUCUGAGUCCUCACUCCUUUUGGCACUUUAACCUCCUAUUUUUCUCACUCCUCUUUCCCAUUGGCCCUCUUACAUCCUCUUAACCAUGCCUUCACCUCCCCCAAAAGCAGAAAAAACUGAGCAAACCCAUGACCCUCCAAACCCACCACUACCCCACAUCAAAAAAUGGCCCCCCAAUCUCAAAAAAACCUUGUUUUCAGAGCUAAAACAACAAAGUCACAUAGGCCUCCCCAUACUCGCCAUGAACCUCAUGUGGUUCACGAAACUCAUAAUCUCUACAGCCUUUCUUGGCCACUUAGGCCCUCUCAACCUUGCAGGUGGUGCACUCGGCCUGACCUUCGCCAAUGUCACAGGCUUUUCGGUGCUUUCAGGCCUUACAGGCGCUAUGGAGCCCAUAUGUGGCCAAGCCUUUGGUGCUCGAAACCACGCCCUCCUAAACCGGACCCUGGUCCUGACCAUCUUCUUCCUCUUGUUGGCCUCCUUACCCAUCUCUUACCUAUGGCUAAACGCACACAAAAUCCUCAUUUUCUUCGGCCAGGACCACGAGCUAUCGAACGUUGCUCGUGUGUACUUGGUGCACCUGUUGCCGGACUUGAUUGCCACCUCGUUGCUAUGCCCUCUUAGAGCUUACUUAAGCUCACAGUGCCAAACAGUGUCCAUUAUGAUAUGUUCGGCCAUUGCCCUGGCUUUUCACAUUCCCCUCAAUGUUUUCCUGGCCCAUUCGGUUCAAGGUGUGGCCUUGGUCUCGUGGUGGACCGACCUGAAUGCGGCUGCACUCAUGGCCGCUUAUGCAGCCACAAGUGGUCCGUGGCUUGGUGGAUGGUGGCGUGGGCGGUGGCAAUGGGUCAAGGAAUUUGCUUGCAUUUUGAGGCUCGCGGCGCCUUGUUGUUUAAUGACAUGCCUCGAAUGGUGGUGCUAUGAGUUGCUUAUGAUGCUAACAGGUCGCCUACCUAAUGCGCGCCAGUCCGUGGCCACGCUCGCUAUCGUACUCAAUGCUGACUAUGUGCUCUACUCGGUCAUGUUGUCAUUGGCCACAUGCGCUUCAGUUCGCGUGGCCAACGAGCUCGGGGCUGGGCACCAUCAAAAGGCCUAUGAGGCCAUGGCCAUGACUCUGGGGCUUGGUGUUUUCAGUGGGUGGCUAGGGUGCGUCAUCAUGGUUUCAGCUCGGGGCCUUUGGGGUUCGGUUUUUAGCCACAACAGGGAAGUGGUCAGGGGGGUUAAGAGGAUGAUGCCUCUUAUGGCCGCUCUCGAGGUGUUUAACUUUCCUCAGGUGGUGUGCGGUGGGGUUUUGAGGGCAACGGCGACGCCGGGGGUGGGGAUGUGGGUGAAUUUGGCUGGUUUUUAUGUGUUGGCGUUGCCUUUGGGUGCUUGGCUUGGGUUUGGGAGAAAGAUGGGCUUGCGGGGCGUGUUCUUCGGGUUUUUGGUUGGGGUUGCAGUCUGUGCUUUUUUGAUGGUGACCAUGGUUUUGAGGAUUGAUUGGGUGGGUCAGGCUUGCAGGGCUCAAGAGAUCGUUGGAUUGAAGGGAAAAGGUGAUGAACAGAGUGAUAGAUUGGAUGUGGAAGGUUUAGCAAUGGUUGUUGCCGUGCCCCAAGGGUUGCCUAAGGCCCAAGAGAGGGAAUUGACCUUAUAAGCCAGGCUCACUUCAAGUUUCACCUUUAAUAAGCUUUGAGUCACUAAUGGAGUGGACGGUCGGUCCAGCAGCAUGGGUGUCUCCCAUUGUUUAAAUGUGAUCACCAACCCACAAUGAAUGGAUUGUGUGGAUGAGAUGCCUCAUGGAAAGCUUGGUUUGUGUAACCUCUUUUCCUUGCCUUCAAAAGAGUGUUACAUGGACACCGGCAAUGUGUCUAAAAUUUCAGGUACCAUGGUACAAGUAUUUAUAUAAUAAUUUUGUGCUAAAUUUAUGAAUUUGAUCAAAUUAGAAUUAUUAAACAUCAACAAAUAUAGGACAUAAAAAAUCCAAAAAGCAUUUUAUUUAUGUAAUUUUUUUUAAUUUUCAAGAUCUUGCUUUUUUUAUAAUUGCCGUUAAUAAUGAAAUUCUUCGAAGUAAUAUAGUAGUUUCCAUCUUUGUUUGGCGGCAGACCUGCGCCCUUUAAAGUUAAGAUGCUUUGAGGUUUGAACUCACGUUGUUCACAACUUUUUAUUCCAAGAAAUGCUGUAUUUAAUAAAUCUUAACUUUGUGUCAGACGCGUCAACAUGGUAUCCAAGCA